AUGUUCGCUCUCUCCUCUCUUUUCCUUUCCCUCGCGCUGGGCGCGCUGGCCGCACCGACCCCAGACAGCGCGAUUCGCCGCAUCUCCGCGCCGAACCGCAAGUCUCUCACGACUGCAGAUGGCCGGUUUGAUCACCAGAAGGCCCUCCGCCAGGUCGCACACGAUCACAACAAAUACCGCAACAAUCUCAUCAACCUCCACAACAACGUCGGCCCCGAUCCGUCCAGCAACGGCUCCCAGCUCCUCCCGCCUGCCGAGCACCACGCGCCCCACGCGCGCCAGCUCCCCCACGUCGAGCCGAUGACCGACGAGGACGAAUCGUACUGGGCUGGCUUCAUCGCCGUCGGACCCCUUCCCAGCCUUUUACCCGGCUCCUCCGAUCUCUGGAUCCCGUCCGAGAACUGCAAAGGGCCCUCCUGCGACCGGAAGAGAAAGUACUCGCCUGGUCACUCCCACACCAGCAAACUGCAGAAGGACAAGUUCUCCAUCAAAUACGGAGACGGCUCCACUGCGAAGGGCCCCGUCUACACUGACACUGUCACUCUCGCCGGCAUCGCUGUCAACAACCAGUUCUUGUCUGCCGUCGACACCAUGUCCGACGCGUUCAUCGACCAGGCCAUCGACGGCAUCCUCGGCCUCGCCUACCAGUCCCUCUCGACGAUGCACAAGACGCCCUUCGUCAACUCGGCCAAGCCCAGCACCUCAUCCCUCCGCCGAGUUCGGCAUGAAGCUCACCGUCAGCACCUCCGAGCUCGUCAUCGGCGGCCAGGACCUCAAGCAGUGCGCCGGCCCCCUGAGCGCCAUAGCGUCACCGGCAAGACCGGGUUCUGGAAAAUCUCCGGCGGCUCCCUGCUCGAGCACUCUCGCCCCGUCUUCACCUCCCACUUCGACGCCAUCAUCGACUCGGGCACCACCCUCAUCUACGGCCCCCCUGCCGACGUCGCCAAAUUCUGGAGCACGAUCCCUGGAGCAAGGCUCUGGGACGCCGGUGCCGGCUUCUACUCGUACCCCUGCCACGAAACUCCCUCCGACGUCGCCUUCAACUGGGGCGGCCGGAACUGGGUCGUCGCCCCCGAGAACUUCAACCUCGGCGAGCUCGACCAGCCGGGCAUGUGCAUCGGCGCCAUCGCCGGCCACGAAACUGGCCUCGGCGCGAACACCUGGUUGCUCGGCGACAGCUUCAUGAAGGGUGUCUACACCGCUUUCUCGUUCGAGUCCAACACCCAUUUCGCAGUGCUGGACACUGCAGAGAUCUCGUUAGAGCUUGUAUCAUAG